AUGUAUUUUGAUUUUUCCUUUUUAUUUAACGAAUUAUUACAUAUUUUAUUAAUUCUUUUGUUGUCAAUUGGGCCUCUUUGUUUUUACUUUUUGUUGGCAAUUUUCUCCCACAAUUUUCUAAAAAAAAGUUUUUCAACCCAAAUUAAUUCAAAAACUGAACAAAAAUUUGACAAAAAAGAAUUACUAAAUGCUUUUUUAAUUUUUAAAUCAACAAAUAAUUGGCAAAAUAAUAAAAGAAUUGAGGAUGCUUUGGAUUUAGCGUUACAAGAUAAUUCUGAAAUAUUUUUUAGAAUGAAUUUGAAAGAAUGCCCAAUUUGGAAAGAAAAUGAAUUGCCUGAUGAAUUUAUUGAAAAUGUUAAAAUUUUGGAGAAAAAUUAUAAAAUGAUUGUUAAGGAAAUGGAAAAGGCAUUUAAAACGGGACAUCUUUGGAUUAAAAAUGAAAAUAUCCACACCAAAACUAGUUGGUUUACUUAUUUUUUGAUUAAAGAUGGAAAUUGGCAAAAAGAAUGUUGUAAUGAAUGUCCGGAAUUGGUUAAAUUGUUAAAGGAAUUUGAUGAAGAUUAUUUAUUAAAUAAUUGUUCUUUUGGAAAUGUCAAUUUUUCCAUGUUGCCCGCAAAUUCAGCAAUUCCGGAACAUAUUGGGACAACAAAUGUUAGAUUAAGAAUUCAUUUUGGAUUAGAAAUUCCUUGUGGAAAUGGAAAAGAAAAUUGCUUUAUGAAAGUUGGGAAUGAGAAAUUUCAUUGGACUUCAGGCAAAUCAACAAUAACCAACACUUCUUUUUUGUUUGUUUUUAUUUUUAAUUUUUAAUUUAUUUUUUCAGUCAUUCUGUUUCGUCUGUUGGAUGUUCUGAAGACAGAAUUGUUUUAAUUGUUGACUUUUGGCAUCCAGAAUUGACUAAAGAAGAAAGGGGAAUAUUAAAAAAUAUAUUUCCUCCAAAAAGUAU